AAUGUAUCCAAGGGAACCUGGUUUAUCACUUCAGAAGUGGGCUCACAUGCAAGUUGCUGUUGGUGCUCGGGUGGCCUGCUACCAGGAUGAAAUUAAAGUUUCUCUCCCUGCUGUUUGGACAUCUUUGCAUCACCUUAUAUUGACUUUCUUCCAUGUUGAUCUUCAAAUGAAAUUAGAAGCUCCAAAACCAGUAGUAAUUGGACAUGCAGCACUUCCGUUAUCCACCCAUGCACAGUAUGCAACUGCCUUUAUGUUUGUCAUCUUUUGUUUUGUUUCUUUCCUUGAUGAUUUAUUAACUUACAUUAUUUGUUCUGCUACUGGAGUGAUUGGUAUGGUUACUUUCUUGGUUUAUGUUGUGGGUACUUGGAUGAUAUCAAUGGUGCAGCAGGAGUCAGUUGAUGAUGCUGAACGUAAUCGCUUUCUUGUUAACUACGUAGAUUAUGCUUUUGAUGACUUUGGGGGUCGUCAACCACCUCUUUAUCCUGGGUUGUCUACUGUGUGGGGUAGCUUGGCCCGUAGUAAGAUCCUCUACAGUGGUUCUAUUUUUAUGAAAUCUCACGGACGUUGCGGCCGAAGUGGCGCGGAUGCAGCUGCAUGUUGCGCUCCAAUACCAUGUGGAAGAACAUGUUUGAGAGUGAAGAAUGAGAGUUCCUCUCUCUAUGGAUUCUGGGUUCAGGAAGGAGGAAGAGAAAAGGUUAGGACCUUAAGAAGGUAACUCCCAAUUGAUGAGAAAUCUAUGUAAUUUAAUACCAACAUGAAAUGAAAUGAAAGAUUUGUAAAGUGUCAACUCUCUUGCUCUUGAUUGAUUCACGCUGGUUAAGAGAAAACUGCUUACAAAUUGACUUAGCCCAAGAUGGAGAAGAAAGAGUAAGACCUCUUAACAGCUAAGUUGCAGGGGGAGAGAGAAUAUAGACGCCGAUCACCUCGAACGACGACGAUGGAGCCAGGCUCACUUUGUGGAGAAAGGAGACGAGAAGAGAAAGAUAACUAAUAAAGUAUCUUCAGAACCUCGUGUACUUUUCUAUUUAGAUGCUCUGUCAGCAUCUGUGUGUCUACUAAUCCAAUUAGAGAAGCCUGCAACAGAAGAAGGGGGAGUGACUCCUUCUGUUUAUUCAUGUAAAGAACCUGUAUGUAUGAAGAACUUAUAUGUUUCCAUCUUGUUCAUCUUCAAUCUGACCUCUGAUUAAAUGGGACAAAAUUUCUCUUUUGUUGGCUUGCUUGUUACCUGGCAGCAAGAAUUUUACCUGUUGGGUUGCUUGUUACCUGGCAGCAAGAUUUUUACCUGUUGGCUUGCUUGUUAUCUGGCGGCAACAAUUUUAACUAUCACCCCCUCAUCAUCUGUCUUUCAAUUGGUUUUUACUGUAGUUCUUACUGUGGAAAAUAAUGGCUCUGCAUCUGCUAGAUAAGUUAGCUAAUCAUUGGCAUUGCAAUUAAUGCUUGAUAUUUUAGUUUUUGGGCCAGGGUGAUUAACCAUUAGCUGAGAUGUUCCAGGCAUUUGACUUUCAGACAACUUUGAGAAACGAACCAUUCUUGCAGCUUUUCCAUUCUCUAUAUGUAUAUGCUUUAACUGUGAGCUUGAGUUGGAAAAGGAAUCUAUUCGUAAGAGUUGAGCUAAGAAAGGAUGAUGCAGAUG